AUGGCUAGCAAUGCUAGAAACCCCGGGCAUGGCGCCGCGCAUUAUUUUCAUCGACCUCAUAGAGAUCCCCGCAUGAGGGCGGGUUAUGUGCUUGUUUCAGAGGAGCGAGAGUCUGGAUCGGAGUAUUCGGGCUCGACUUGCUGCUGCUGUUCAAGCUGUGAGUCGAGCUGCUCUUGCGAGGAAUAUAGCGAGGAUGACCAUGAGGAAGAAGAAGAUGAUGAUGGCGAUGACGAGGUUGUUAUUGAAGAGGAAGAAGAGGAAGGCUACUGGAGUGAUUGCUCUGCGUGCUGGGCGAGACGAAUCAUAGGGCGAAGGGGCCGGACGGGCCGGACGAAUGGGAAUCAAUAUAUGAAUAUCCCAAGAACUGUUGAGGAAAGAGAUUCUCUCCAGGGCCAUCGCCAUCGCAACCAGCGUGAGCAGCAUCGUGGACGUAAUGAAACUCCUCAGAGGGACCAGCGAAAUGCCAAUCGCGUUACCUUUCGAAGCACCAACAGCAUCAUAAAUGGCAGUGAUAAUAAUGGCCACAGCGCUGCAGAAACACCCUCCUUCCGGGGCCUUCUAGACCGAAUCGUUUCGACUACUAGACAGCUACGUCAAGGGGAAGAACACACUCGCCAUCUUCGGUCAUGGAUCCGCGUGCUGGAAGACCUUCAAAGACUACAACGCGUAGACUCUGAGCCAGGGGCGAAUACGACUGCUGUUUCUGCUCCUCGUACUACUGCUUCUGCUGUCGCUGGCCUUGUCCCGAACACCAGUCCGACAAUGGCUGCUGCCAGGGCUGGACAGCAAAGUCCAUCUUCGGGGACGGCGCUUGGAAGAGCGGCAACCGCUUCGGGCACAGAGGCUGAGGCUCAGACCCGGGCGUAUCCCCGACGAAGAGCAGGACGUGAGUGGUUCAUGUCUGGGGGUAGAAGCACCUCGAUUCACAGGCGAAGGAGACUG